GUUGAAGCCAAACUGACCUACCAGUGUGCAACAGCUGAUUAGAUUUCUGCCUAGUUGAUCCCGUCCGUCAGAGGUCAGACACAUUAAAUCAGCUUUAUGUGGUUUGACGUAAACGGUGACACACAGAGCCGCACCUCUUCCUGUCACACUGAGGCUGCUGUUGCUGUUGUUGAUCUGCAUACCUCAGGGUAUCUGCAGGUCUGGAAAAGUUUUAAAAGCCAUUGAAUUUUAUAACGAAGUCCUGGGAAUGUUUUAAAAUGUCUUAAAUUGACCUUAAACUGACUGUGUAGCGUUGUUAUUAAAUGUGUGAGUUGUGGCUGUCAGAAGAUGACCUCUUGUACAUUGAGCUGCAGGAGACUUUACAGAAUUGCCCUUUUGAAUUAGUUUAAUCCAUCUAUGAUUUUUAUGCUGCUUUGCUGGGUCCAUGUCACAUUAAAUUACUAGCACAGACUUAUGUUACAGAUGUGAUGGAAGUGCCCAUAAGUUGGUGUCCUUAAUGAACAGUUGUAGGCCUUAUUGUGCCAACUUUUUUUCAGUCCUCCUUCAACCAGUUUGGCCAGUUUGAAACAGGUGUUAAAAGGUCUUGAAUCUAAUUUCUAAAUGGCAGCAGGAAACACUUCUACUUUUUAAAAUGCUGUUGGCAGUCACUGAGCACAGAAAGCUCUCUACAGUCCUGUCCUCACAUUGCAUCUGAAGGAGCAGAGGUUCCCUCCCUGCUGACCUCGGACGUGAGUUGGCCCAUUGUCUCAUUAGCGACAGGUAAAUAUUGUCAAACUGACGUCAGAGCUGCUCACAUAAAAACCGUUGUGUGCGAGACUCUGCGUCAGUAACUGGAGGACAGUCAGGGGUGUCCAGAGUCCCGAUCAUCUCCCAGCAUACCUCAGCGUCCCUGAGCCUUCAGCCCAGUCUGAGUCAUGGUUAGCGGCAGGAUGCUUCUGCUCAGCGCCUCCUGCUGGCUGCUGGUUGUUCUGACGAGCUGUGAGGAGCUGAUAGAGGAGCGAUCGUCUGAGGACGACACCAUCAAGACACAAGAGGAGAAAGAACUGAUUGAGGCGCUACAGGAAGUCCUGGAGAAGCUGAAGAGCAAACAGCUGCCAUCAGAGAAGAAACUCAGCUGGCUUCCCUCAUGUGACGCAGGGGAGCAGUGUGCGGUGCGUAAAGGUCCGAGGAUCGGGAAGCUGUGUGGGUGUCCAAGAGGAACUGCCUGUAACUUCACCAUCCUCAAAUGUCUGUAGAGCUGAGACGCAAACG